AUGCCGUUUUGGUCCAGUGUUCCAGGAUGUCGGGAUGUCCAGAUUGUCCUCGAGGAUAUCGCCACCUACCGGGCGGCCUGCGAUAAGGGUUCUUUUCUGGGUUGGGAGUUUUUUGGUGUUUUGGCUUUCGGGGGUGAAAGUCAUCGACAGAUUAGCCGACAAUUUGGUGUCACUUUGCCCGAGGACACUCGAGGACACGCAGGAAGAAGGACGAAGGACGUAGGACGAAGUACGCUGCUGCUGACAUCGAGACAUCUCGAUGUCCUUGUCGUCUGCAUCGGAUGUUUCAAUUCGCAAGUUGCGCUUCCUUCCGAUCACGUGACCAAAACGCCAACGGCGGCCGUUCACUUCCGCCAGGCCGAUAGCUUCCGUCCGCUCGCAGCAACAACAAUCGGAGACUCCAAUUCCCCAGUCAUCCAUCCUUCCAAGCAUCCGUUUGUCCGGCUCUCCAUCUAAGCGGUUGUACGCAGACACACGGUCAGAAAAGCG